AUGCUACCAUCACCAACACUCCGCCUUCGAUCUGCUCGUCAGUUACCGCUAAGGCUACAUACUGAUCCCACCCAGCGUGACAGAUCUCGCUCGCGCCGUCGCUCUCGCAGUCCUCGUCGCAGCCGUCGCUCUUACGAUUCCAGAUCCCGCUCACGCUCGCGCGACAACUACAGGAGAGACGAACGCAGGUCCCGCUCUCCCGUCAACGGAUCCGCCGCCGCUCCCAACUACCCAUCCAACAACGCCUAUCCUUCCGACCGUGAAGGAGGUGCCGCAGCGCCAGCUCCCAGAAACUUUGAAGAGCGCGUCGUCGCCAAAGAACAAAUGAUGCAGAACGUUCGCGAGCACUCUCAACAAGAUCGUCGUGUCUACGUCGGCAAUCUCUCGUACGAUGUCAAGUGGCACCAUCUGAAGGACUUUAUGCGCCAAGCUGGUGAGGUCAUCUUCGCUGAUGUCUUGCUUCUCCCAAAUGGAAUGUCGAAGGGAUGCGGAAUUGUGGAAUAUGCAACCAGAGAUCAAGCUCAGAACGCGGUCAACUCCCUCUCAAACCAGAACCUCAUGGGCAGACUGGUUUACGUUCGCGAGGACCGUGAAGCAGAGCCCCGUUUCAGCAGCGGUGGCCAAGGCGGCGGCAUGCGUGGUGGCUUCCAAGGAGGUCCUCCCAUGCGUGGCGGAUUUGGCGGCGGUUACGAUGCUAUGGGCGGCGGCGGUGGCCCUGGCAUGAUGGCUGGUGGCAGCCGUCAAAUCUACGUCUCCAACCUUCCCUAUACUGUUGGCUGGCAAGAUCUCAAAGACCUCUUCCGUCAAGCUGCUCACACUGGAACCGUCGUCCGUGCUGAUGUUCACGUCACCCCCGACGGCCGCAUGAAGGGUUCCGGUAUUGUCGCUUUCGACAACCCUGAUGAUGCUCAGGUCGCCAUCCAGCAGUUCAAUGGAUACGACUGGAAUGGCCGUGUCCUCGAGGUCAGAGAGGACCGUUUCGCCGGCCCACCUGGCUUUGGUGGCGGUCGUGGCGGCUUCAUGGGCGGGCGUGGAGGUUUCGGCCAGCAAUUCCCUGGUCGUGGUGGGUUCAUGGGAGGUCGUGGUGGCUUUGGACAGCAGCAGUUCGGUGGUCGCGGUGGCUUUGGCGGUGGUUUCGGCGGUGCUCCUCCUGGUGGAUUCCACGGUGGCCCCCCUGCUGCCCCUGCCCCUCCUAACCCCUUCACUGACUUUGCCACCUCUGGCGGCGAGCCCGGACCUGUCAUCUAUGUCCGCAAUCUGCCCUGGUCUACCAGCAACGAGGAUCUGGUCGAGCUCUUUACCACUAUUGGCAAGGUCGAGCGCGCUGAGAUCCAGUACGAGCCCAACGGUCGCUCGCGCGGAACCGGUGUCGUCGAGUUUGGCAGCGUAGAAGAUGCCGGCACUGCUAUCACCAAGUUCUCUGGAUACCAAUACGGAGGUCGUCCUCUUGGCUUGACCUAUGUCAGAUACUCCAACCAGCAGCCUGCAAUGGAUCCCAUGCAAGGCCAAGAACAGACUGGUGGCAUGCCCAUGGGCCUUACCCAGGAUCAAAUCAUGUAA